AUGGCUGAAGAGCGUUUACAACGAAUAAAAGCUGGUGCAUUUCUGGCAUCGGUUGCAGGCAUUUCUGCUUUUGUGGGCUUUGGUACUACUUUAGCAGCGGCUAGGAAGUCAGAUCCUAAAUAUUUUAACAAAGGUAUUCAAGGUAGUGUAGAAUUAGCUGAUGCUGGAGCCAUUCUUGCAUUAAGGGCGCUCGGGUGGGGUACUUUCUAUGCAAUUGCUGGUACCUCGUGUCUCUGUUAUGGUAUAUGGAAAUUGUCAGGUGCUAAAGAUUUAAAAGACUUUCGAGUGAAAAUGGGAAACAUUCUGCCAAUACUACCUAGGAACAAUCCACCUCAAUCAAGAACAGAAUUUAGUGGUUUAAAUGAUCUUUUAACAUAUAUAUCAGAAGAUUAUGGAAAAAAGAAGUAA